UUAAACGAGGAAGAGAGCAAAGACUAAUCGGAACCAAAAGCGCGCCAAGACCAAAACCCUAAAUUGCGAACGAUGCCAGAGCUGCCGGAGGUAGAGGCGGCGAGGAGAGCGAUAGCGGAUAACUGUGUCGGGAAGAAGAUCAAGCGAGUCCUCAUCGCCGACGACAACAAAGUGAUCGAUGGAAUCUCGCCCUCCGAUUUCCAGAAGUCAGUCCUCGGGAAAACCAUCGUCUGUGCUCGUAGGAAGGGCAAAAACCUCUGGCUCGAGUUGGAUUCUCCGCCCUUCCCUUCUUUCCAAUUCGGUAUGGCUGGUGCUAUCUACAUCAAAGGCGUUGCUGUUACUAAAUAUAAAAGGUCUGCUGUUAAGGAUUCAGAGGAGUGGCCUUCUAAGUACUCUAAGUUCUUUGUUGAGCUUGAUGAUGGUUUAGAGCUUUCAUUUACUGACAAGAGGAGAUUUGCCAAAGUUCGGCUUUUGGAAAAUGUAUUAACUCUUAUCUUGCUUGCUUUCUUUACUAAGCUUGAUCUUGUGGUUGGGAUGUUUGUGCUAUUGCAGCCCGUUUCUGUGCGUCCAAUAUCAGAGCUUGGUCCUGAUGCAUUGUUGGAGCCUAUGACAGUUGAUGAAUUUGCCAAAAGCUUAGCUAAAAAGAAAAUAACCAUCAAACCUCUCCUACUUGAUCAGGGUUUCAUUUCAGGUAUUGGGAACUGGAUUGCCGAUGAAGUUCUGUACCAAGCAAGAAUCCACCCAUUGCAGACUGCUUCUAGCCUCUCCAAAGAGCAAUGUGAAGCCUUGCACACAUCCAUCAAAGAGGUUAUUCUACAUGCGGUUCAAGUCAAUGCUGAUAGCAAAGAGUUUCCUGUUGAAUGGUUAUUUCAUUUUCGGUGGGGGAAAAAACCUGGGAAUGUUAAUGGGAAGAAGAUUGAUUUCAUCACUGCUGGUGGAAGGACAACAGCUUAUGUCCCAGAGCUGCAGAAACUCUCUGGGAAAGAUGCGGAGAAAGCAGCCAAGGCUAAACCGGCUAAAAGGGGUGGUGCAAAAUCAAAAGAAGACGAUGAAGAAGAAGAAUUGGAGAAAGAAGAUGAUAGUGCUAAACCGAAGAAUCAAAAACCUAAAGGUCGUGGUAAGAAGCCUGCACUGAAAAGAAAAACAAAAGAUAGUGAGGAUGAGGACGAUGAUGCUGAUGGUGAAGAAGAUGAAAGUGACGCUGAAGAGGAAGUUGUGAAACCCAGAGGCCGUGGUACGAAGGCUGCGAUUAAGAAGAAACCUGAAGAGAAAGCUGGUAACAAGAAGCCGAAGGGAAGGAGAAGUUAAGAAGCCAUUGACUGACUCGAAGAUGUUUAUUUUUUUUUGUAAGGAUCUUAUAUUACUUGUUGCUUCCAUGUUUGCGACGAUGUACUACUACUACUACUAGUACUAGUUAUAUUAGGUGCACUAAGGCGUUGUCCAUUACCUUGUUCAACUUUGGAAGUUAGAAAAAUGAUCGAAGGGCAGCAACUA